UGAGAGGGAUGAGUGGUGGUGCGUCGGGAGGUGUGUUGUUGCAUGCAGCACGCUUUUCACGGAAUACUUUACAGUCUCAUGAAGUGAACGCCUUGAAUUCCGUGAUUGUUUAGUAUGGUUGAAGCAUUGUCGUGUGUGGCAUUAAGAGAGGAAGGCUCUGUGCUUGAAAACAACAGACAGAAUUGUUCAAAUACUUUACAACAGAAAACUGUCCUCGUUGUUCGCAUAGUUGAAUGUAUUGAAAGACAACACAUUUUUGUGCCUCGAUCUCUUCAACAUUUGCUGGCCAGAGCCUGUACACGUAUUCAUUUAUUAUUUAUUUUUCUUACAUUGGGUGUAAGACUGUAAGACAUCCAAGGUCUGCUGUUUAUAUACUAAGUGAAGAACAGAACGCCAGCCUGUGAAGAAAUAAACUAUAAGAAACAUAGUCCUUUCGUGGCUAAGGAAUAACUUGAAUCCCUUUAGAGAGAGAAAAAAAUAAUAAGACUGUCAACUUGCCACGUAUAGUGUUGUUAUAAGGACUGGCACAUGUGAAGAGAGUGGUCGGCGUGCGAGCAGUGAGCGGCCACAGGAUGAAGGGCCGGGGAGGACAUCCAUCACGCCUCGCCUUGCUUGGCUGCCUGGUGUCUUUGUGUGUGGCGAGCGUGGAGAGCUUCACCACUCAGACAGCAUGGACAACACACACCUCGGAAAGCAUUAGCCUCGCCGAUAACCCCUCGCCUCAAGGACCUAUUUCUGAGGAAGAGCGUCCUACUACCACCCACGGUAUUACUGAGGAUGCACCAUACUUUGUCUCACCGCCUCUCAGCACCGUCAGAACCAGGUUGGGCCGACCCGCUGUACUCACCUGCGUCGUUAAGCACAUAGGGAACAGACAGGUCUCGUGGAUCAGAGGCCGCGACUUGCACGUGCUCAGCUCCGGCCAGAUAACCUUCUCGUCGGACGCAAGGCUCAGCGUGGCUCAUUCCCAAGACUCAUGGACACUCACCAUAAAAUUCUCCCAGCCCCGCGAUGCCGGCACCUACUCGUGUCAGAUCAACACUCAGCCGCCGCAGGCCGUAUGGUACAACCUCACCGUUAUAGAGGCGCGGGCCAACAUCCUGGGAAAGGAGACACUGUACCUCCAGUCCGGCAGCACCAUCUCCCUGCAGUGUGUCAUUAAAGAACAGCUCGCUAUCCCAGGUCUGGUGUUGUGGUACCAGGACGACCAUUUGGUGGAGCGACAGUCAUCGAGGAUAAAAGUGACUACCAAGGUAACCAACGUCACCACCAGCACACUGACAGUGGAGGCUGCGAGGCUACGAGACUCUGGCAACUACUCGUGCUGGCCGUCUGCUGGCCGACCUGACAGUGUCCUCGUGCAUGUUAUUCAAGGGGAUCCUCCGGCAGCCAUGCAACACGGCAGCUCUGCUCCAGGAGCUUGUCCCUUCCUGUUGGUGCCCAUGAUCCUCACUUCGCUCAUGUUUCUCCUGACGUGACCUUGAAGCUAUUUUUUCAUCGCCAUAUCCACCCUCUCGUCAGGGUGACAGAUGUAUCUCACUCUCUGACACUAUUUGGGUAACCACAGUCUCUUUCACCUUUCAAUGCCACUGUCAGGGUGACACUACGGGACCAUAGAGACCAGCGUUGCUCUGCCGCCAGUGCCACCAUCGCCAUCACGGCAGCGUUGUAUGAAUACUUUCACUAUGCCAAACCGUGCAGCACAAAAAAAUACAUGUUUGUUUUUAUAAUAGGGCAAACUAAUAAUUGAAUAGUCAAUAUUCCAUGUCGGAAGUCAUCUUGUAAAUCAGAACGUGCGCGAAUUUGUCAUUUGUUAGACUUUAGCUUCACUGAAGCUUCGCUUUGAUCGCUGGGAACAAGAAGCUGUGGCACUCAACGUGGAGAUCUUAAAGGUUGUAUACAUAUAGUGCACAAAACUUCAGUGUCAUGAAUUCUGACAUGCACUGUGUAAGUGCAAUGUGUCUAUCCCUAUCGUGACGUCAUGAAGCUUGAAGCUUGGGCCAAAGACAUCUAGCCUGUGAGUAUGAACAGAUCUUAAAAGCAUCACUUGGCUCAAGCGCACAUUAA